AUGGUCCUGAAGUUCCAAGUCCUGAAGCUGAUUCACCCCAAGGGCGGCCCGGGACACCGCGGCGGCCGCGGGCAGCACCAGGCGCAGCAGGGCCACUCGUCGCAGCACGCCCUGCCUGGGGAGAAGAUCUCCGACUCCGAGGGCUUCAAAGCCAACCUGGCACUCCUGCGGCGCCCUGGGGAGAAGACGUACACACAGCGCUGCCGCCUCUUUGUGGGCAACUUGCCGGCCGAUAUCACAGACGAUGAUUUCAAAAGGUUGUUCGCCAAGUACGGAGAGCCCGGAGAGGUUUUUAUCAAUAAAGGAAAAGGAUUUGGAUUCAUUAAACUGGAGUCCAGAGCUCUGGCUGAGAUUGCCAAGGCAGAACUCGAUGAUACCCCUAUGAGGGGUCGACAGCUCCGUGUUCGUUUUGCCACACACGCUGCCGCUCUGUCCGUGCGUAACCUUUCACCGUAUGUGUCCAAUGAGUUGCUGGAGGAAGCAUUUUCCCAGUUUGGUCCAGUCGAAAGAGCUGUUGUGAUUGUAGACGACCGUGGUAGAUCAACAGGAAAAGGCAUUGUUGAAUUUGCCUCCAAGCCUGCUGCUAGAAAAGCAUUUGAACGGUGCACUGAAGGAGUGUUCUUGCUGACAACUACUCCUAGACCCGUUAUUGUAGAACCUCUUGAACAACUGGAUGAUGAAGAUGGUCUUCCAGAGAAACUUGCUCAGAAGAAUCCUUUGUAUCAAAAGGAAAGAGAGACACCACCUCGGUUUGCUCAGCCUGGCACUUUUGAAUUUGAGUAUUCCCAGAGGUGGAAAUCCUUAGAUGAAAUGGAAAAACAACAAAGAGACCAGGUUGAAAAGAAUAUGAAAGAUGCCAAGGACAAGCUUGAAAGUGAAAUGGAAGAUGCCUAUCAUGAGCAUCAGGCAAAUCUCUUGCGUCAAGACCUUAUGAGGCGUCAGGAAGAGCUGAGGCGUAUGGAGGAACUUCAUAACCAGGAGAUGCAGAAACGCAAGGAAAUGCAGUUGAGGCAGGAGGAAGAACGUCGGAGACGGGAAGAAGAAAUGAUGAUCCGCCAGCGGGAGAUGGAAGAGCAAAUGAGAAGACAGAGGGAGGAGAACUACAGUAGAAUGGGUUAUAUGGAUCCAAGAGAGAGAGACAUGCGAAUGGGUGGUGCCACCACAAUGAAUAUGGGAGAUCCAUAUGCUUCAGCAGCCCAGAAAUUCCCACCUCUUGGAGGUGGUGGUGGCAUAGGAUAUGAAGCUAGUCCUGGAGUUGGGCAACCAGCCAUGAGCGGUUCUAUGAUGGGAAAUGACAUGCGUCCUGAACGCUUUGGGCAGGGAGGCGCGGGGCCUGUGGGUGGCCAGGGUCCUAGAGGAAUGGGGCCUGGAACGCCAACAGGAUAUGGUAGAGGGAGAGAAGAAUAUGAAGGCCCAAACAAAAAGCCCCGAUUUUAGACGUGACCUGUAGAGUUUCAUUCCAGUUUGUUUUUGUCUGUCUUGUUUAGACACCUACUUUUUAAUUCUUGCAUUUUAGUAAGAAAGCUACGUUUUUAUGGAUGUUAGAAACUUAUUGACCUAAUAUUUGUAAGUGGUCUGUUUGGGCAAGUACAACUUAAUUAUGUAAUGCAGUGUUUCAAAAAAAAAAAAAAAAAAUAGCUGUUUUUUUGAUGUAUAACGUCCCUAACUUGAUGGCAGUGUACCUUGUGCCACUGAAUUCCCAAAGUGUACCAACUUUUUUUUACUGUGCUUCAAAUAAAUAGAAAACUAAAUGUAGUAACUAUUCUUGCCAUUCAUGGUUCCAAAUGAUGAGGCCAAAUGCCACACCUUCCAACAUAAAACAAGAGUCUUGUAGGUCUAACUGGACCAAGGUGUGGAAGAGUAGCUAAAGGUGAGGUCUCCUCCCAUACCAGCUGUAGCUAUGAUAUUGGGUCAAUAUAGUUGUUGACUUAAUUGCUUUUCCAGUAGGCACAGAUUUUUCUGAGUGUGAACUAUGCUGUAGUAAGGAAGCAAACAAACUUUGCAUGUUCUGUGUAAGAUGUAGUAAUGGAAGCCAUACUGCAAAUGAUGCAGUCAUGUAAUGAAUUUUGGAUUUUAGCCAUGGAGAAAAGGGGGUGGUGUGGGAUGGUGGCAGAGACUGACCUCCUUGGCAGUCACUGUUUAAAAUCUUUUAAAGACUUUAAACAGAAAAGUAGAAAAUGUCAUAUUAAAAUGAAUCCAUAGAAUGGCUUGUCUUGAUUGACUUUUCUAAUUAAAGGAUUUCUAAUGUGAUGCUUGUGAUCAAGCUGGAAAUACAGGAUUUGAUCUGGUUUGGUAUUUAAUACCUAACUGAAAUUUGGCAAAAAAAGAACAAGUGUUACUGGAGUAAAGCAGGGAGAAUCUUUUUAAUAUGUACUCUGCAACUUGCUAAUGUCCUUUAUGUUAAUUAUGUGGACUAACUUCUAUAGUUCAGAAAUCAAUGGUGUAAAUUCUAAGGGAUCUGUAGAAAAUAAAGUGCAUCUUAGCCUUUGUAGCUGGUGUGUAAGUCCCAAACUAGCAUGCUAAAUUCAGAGGAAACGAAGCUUCUGUCACUACAGUAUUAUCAGAUGUUUUAUUAUUGAUCUUUGCAAGGCUAAGCUUAACAAGUAAUGAAUAAACGUGGAGUUUAAUUGCUAAUGCUACACAGUACAAAUAAACUCCCUCUGAGGCUCUUAUCUGAAUGGUUUGAUGAAGUUGUUAGCUUGCUAUCAAUUUCACAAACCCCGUGUGAUUUCAAGGUAUUCUGGAUUUUUUUGAUGUCAUACUUAGUAGUUAUUUUAUUACCAUGAUUUUGUAUCCAACAAGCUGGGAACAUCACUUCCCAGUGUGAAAUGUCUUGGUGUUAAUGUAGGAUAUAUCAACCUGCCUGGCACAAAGUAGGUAAAAACCUAGUUUUGGCUGCAUUUCUCUGCACAAAUUUUGAGCAUUUGUCAACAGCCUUUAAACUUCUGAAGAAGUUCCCACUCUUUGUGCUUAACAUCGGCUAAUUCUAAAUUCUAGGCUAAAUUUUAUCUUGUAUGGAUAAAACUUUAGCAUGCAGGUUGCAUUAUCUUUAGAACUGUGCCCAGUUAAACACUGACUGUAGCUGUUUAAAUGCCAAAUACUAGCAAGCUGUGAAAUGUUGAUACAAGGUAACAUUGACUUUGAAUAUUAAGUAUACUAAAUAGGCUCAGUCUGUCUGGUGAAUUGUUUCCCAGAAACUUUGUAGAGGGUAAAAAGACAUGUUCCCACUGUGAACUGAUACAAACCGAUACAUAGGAAGUGUACUGGACCAACAGCACUUAAAUUGGAGGUUGUCUGGGAUCCACUGAAUAGGAUUCCUCAGUUCAAAAUCAGAGGUCCAGUUUUUACGUAGGUGGAUUUUAUUGUAGGGUCCUAAUGAUGAAAAUAUUUUCCAAAGGGUGUUCAUGGGACACCCAGAGAAGGUGAAGGUGUCUGAGGUGGGGAACUCUGAACAUAAACGUUAAAUUAAUUUUUUUCAGUUUAUUUUUCAGAUUACAUGUCAUUCUUUAUUAAAGAGAUGCUGGUACAUAUCUUGAAAUGCUUUUUUGUAGUACUAUAACUUUGAAGAGUGAAGGAUGCUGAUGUCCUAAUAUCUUCCAAAGGUGGUCUUUGGGUACCCCACUUUAUAUAAGCUAUUGUUGCUAGGUAUUAAAUAGACUAGUUGCAAAACUGCUUAGCAAAUACACAGAAGGAUGUGGCAGUUACUAAACACCUGAAAUAGUUUUGUUUAAUGUUAAACAGAACAGGGUAAGAGUGCUUGUAGCAGCAUGACCAGAUUGUUCAAAACAAACUCAGGUCCUGCUUUGAGUUGCAUGUGCUAAUCAGGAUACAAUAAAUCCUAGCUAAUUUGAUUUCAAACUUUAAAGUUACUGUCUUUUUAAAAGCUGGCAUCUAUAUCGGAAUUUUAAAGUGAACAUACCCACUUUUAAUACAUGUGGGCGGUAA